UGCGCAUAACUCGGAAAUGGCGGGACCCGUCCUCGAAAGCCAUGGUCACACGUACACACAGGUUUCCCAGUCAGUGGUGCUGUGGCCGCGAGAGAAGUAGGUUGUGGUUUUGUGUCUUGCGCGGUGAAAAGGGGUUCGGCUGAAACAUGAAUACUGAAGAAAGAAUUAAGGCGUGUCAUAACCUGAUAACGGAGGACGCGGUGAAGGAGGCCCUGAAGGCGCACAAGGGCGGCGAGGCGAGACUCAGCUCCUGGCAGAUCAAGGACUUCACCAACAAGGGCGACAACUACGCGUCUGUGGUGUCGAGCGUCGAGGUGGAAUUCAACCUCAAUGGCAACGACGAACGCAUAACUUACAUCGUGAAGAUCAACCCUUGUCAUGGCUUUGUAAACUUAGAGGACAAUACACAUACGAUUUUCCUCAAAGAGGCGGAAUUCUACAUCAAGUUGCUACCUCAGCUGAAUGAGGUCUUGCGAGACAAUAACCUCAGUCCACUGGCAAUGCCGGAGUGUCACUACGGCACUCUGGAGAAGAGGAAGGAGCUGAUUUUCUUGGAGGAUUUGAGGCCUCGAGGCUUCAAGAUGUUCGACCGUCGGAAGGGGCUGGACGUCGCGCACACGAAGCUCGUGUUAAAAGAGCUGGCCAAACUCCACGCUGCCUCUUUACUGUUGCAGGAGAAAGACCCCGAGUAUUUCAAAGACACGCUUUUGAACAAGAGCUAUCUCAACAUGGGGGAAGACGGAGCAACUGCCUUGAAGAUGUUCGAAGGAGUAAUAGAUACGGGAAUAUUUAUGUUAAAAAAGGUGGGCGGGUAUGAGUCUUCCAUUUCCUGGGCUGAAAGUAUUAAAUCAAAGUUGCAAGAGAUUUUUGACAAGCAAUUGGAGCCAUGCAAACAUCAAGUCAUUUGUCAUGGUGACGCCUGGAACAACAACCUACUUUUCAGGUACAACGAAGAGGGCAUUCCCGUCGAAGUGAUGCUGAUCGAUCUGCAGGUAUCUCGACGGGAAUCCUUCGCCGCGGACCUCAACUACCUCCUGUACACGAGCCUCACGGGCGCCGUCAGGAAGCCCAACCUGGACGCAUUCCUGGAGACGUACCGAGGCCACUUCAACGCCGUGAUGGAGGCCGGAGGAGCAGGGGGCGAGGGGCGUCUUAGCGAGGCCGAUGUCCUGCAGGAAUUCCGGAGCUUGAACGUCUUGGGGGCCAUCUUCAACAUGAUGAUCAUAGGCGCCAUUCUGAUGGAGCCGGAGGACGUGCCUGACUUCCAGAUGACGGGAAACGAUGUGGAGGACUUGGAGGAGAUCAUCUCGGAGCUCCGAGCGAAGUCCCUGGAUAUGAUUGACACGAAUCCCCUCAUGCGACCGCGGUUCCUCUCUGUGUUCGACGAGUUGAUGGAGGCCGGGAUCAUUCCCAAACACGUCCCUGAGAGCGUCAGACCUGUGCCAGACAUGUCUGCAACAAUUGAUCUAAGAGAAAAAAUGUGGAUAGAUGCAAAAGAAGGCGAGGUGGCAACUCUGACCCAGAAUUCUGAUGAUGGACACAAAAGGAUAAAAGCCUGCCAUGCUCUCAUAACGGAGGAGGCGGUGAAGGAGGCCCUGAAGGCGGACAAGGGCGCCGAGGCCCAACUCGCCACCUGGGAGAUCGAGGACUUCACCAAGAAGGGCGACAACUACAGCGCGAUGGUGACGAGCGUGAAACUGGACUUCGCCAAGAACGGGGACAACGGAAGCCUCUUCUACAUCGUCAAAGUGAAUCCUUGCCACGGCCGGGAAUCGUUCGAAGACUUGACGCACAAAGUCUUCCUGAAGGAGGUAGAAUUCUACGUGAAACUACUGCCUCAGCUGAACGCAGUCUUAGAGGAAGCCGGGAUGGAGCCAUUGGCCUUGCCGAGGUGUUUCUACGGCACAGUCGAGGAAAAGAAGGAACUCAUUUUCUUGGAGGAUUUGAGGCCUCGGGGUUUCAAGAUGUUCGACCGACGGAAGGGCCUGGACGUCGCCCAUGCCUCCCUCGUGCUGGAGGAACUGGCCAAAUUCCACGCGGCCUCCCUUCUGCUGGAGAAGAAGGAGCCGGAGUACUUCAAGGGCACAUAUCUCGACAUAGGCUGGGCGCGUAUGUUUGAGGGCGCCUUUAACCUGAGCUUUGUCUUGGGCCAGCACAUAGAAAGUGCUAUAACCAUGCUGAAUAAAAUCGGUGGAUACGAGUCAGCUGUUGCUUGGGCAGGAAGUCUCAAACCCAAACUCCAAGAACUUUUCGAGAGGCAAAUGGAACCAAGCAAGUACCACGUUUUAUGCCACGGGGACGCGUGGAAUAACAACCUUCUCUUCAGCUACAGGGAAGACGGCUCACCUGAAGCAGUGAUGUUCGUCGACCUUCAGAUGUGUCGACGAGUUUCCUUCGCCACUGACUUAAACUACCUCCUGUACACGAGUCUCACGGGCGACGUCAGGAAGCCCAACCUGGACGCCCUCCUGGAGACGUACCGAGGCCACUUCAACGCCGUGAUGGAGGCCGGAGGAGCAUGGGCCGAGAGGCGUCUCAGCGAGGCAGAAGUCCUGCAGGAAUUCCGGAGCAAGAAUGUGAUCGGAGGAAUCUUCAUGAUGAUGAUUAUUUCCGUCAUCCUCCUGGAGCCGCAGGACGUGGAGGAUCUUUCGGAUUUAAAGGAUAAGGAGAUCGAAGAGGUCUUCAUGGUACUGAGGAAGAAGGCCUUGGACUUGAUCGACACGAACCCGCUGAUGCGACCGCGGUUCCUGGCGGUGUUCGAUGAAUUCAUCGAGACCGGGCUUAUCCCCGCGUGAUGGCGUCGCGUCAGGAGAGUUCUCUCUCUCCAUCUUUCUGUCUGUCUAUCUAUUUACUGCACACACACACACACACACACACACACACACACACACACACACACACACACACACACACACACACACACACACACACACACACACACACACACACUGUUACACUUAUCCUCUCAAAUCCUAUUUUUCCUGUGUUAUUUAUAAAUAGCUUGUAGUAAUUAUUUGGCAGUGAAUUACGGAAUCUAAAAAUUCUAUGUCUGGAACGAUUUUUUUAAACUUAUAAAAAUGUACGAUUUAUUUGCAUCUGUUAUGUCGUAUCUGUAUGAUUUAAUGGUUUGAUCUUUCUAAAAAGUUUUUUCCUAUAUUUUAAACAAAUGUGAGGAUCAAGACGAGGCUAUCAUUUAGUUCAAAAGAGAUACAAAGUGAUAUGUCGAUAGUUUAAGCAAAGUUUUUGAACGUUUUGUUUCCGACGCUCUCUCGAUGGUUAGGCCGGAAGGGAGAUGCCUACUGUUACUUUUCAUUCAAAAUUUAUAGUUGAGUGAUGGUUGUAUUGAAUUUGGUUACAGUUUAAAAUAUUUGGAUGAAGCUCAAAGCUAAUUAAUGAGGAUAGGAAAAUUAUUAUGGGAUGUUGCAUUAAAUUUCAAUUGAAAAAUAAGUCAAUGAGCCAUCGAAAGCAAAUGUCCAGGUAUGACACUUUUUUCUCUUUGUUGGAGUAACGAAUGAUGUAUUAAUAUAGAUUUGUUUUAGAAUUGAUGUUGAAUGAUCAUUUGAAAGUGGUACCCUUUCUACAUUUGGGAUGUGAUUGAGUUUUAUCAACUUGAAUAUCAUCUGUGUCGAAUUUUAUUAAUUACCAUUUAGAAUAUAUUUUGAUACCAAUUAAAUAUA